AUGGCUGCCACUGCGUCAGCUGCGCACGUAGCACUUGGGGUUGAUACUUCUGCAGGGAAAAGACGCAUUGCUGCAAGCGGCUCGAUUCUGCCGUUUUUGCUACUGCCACGCGAGUUGCGCGAUCAGGUCUACAAUCAUGCACUCAGCAUACCUGACAAGCGCAGCGAUCGCGCUCUCCGUAUCGAGCGCCGUAAUCUGAAACACUUCCGUCCCAGCGCCGCUGCCCUUCUCUUGGUCCUGCACCACGAAUACUUCCUCCUCAACCGUCAAAUCGCGCUAGAAGCACUCGAAGCUCUCUUCAAGAACCACAUUGUCCUUCUCAGUUGCGGCCCAUUCGUUCUCAAAUCGCUGCUUGAAGCUGUCGAGCAGCAUGAGUCUGGAGGGCAUUGGCUCACAUGGUUGAGAGCCAUUGAGCUGGACUGGGUCACGUUUCCAAAUCUACGCAUGUACCCACCAGACCGCACACAAGGGAGGGACGAAUGGUGGUUUGAAGCCGCAGACGAAGAAUUCGAUAACGAAGAGUUCGAUGUCGACUACCUCCGCGGCGCAGCAUACGACAGCCACUACGACGAGCACGACCACACAGGCGGAUACUACGACGACAACUUCUACGACCCCUCAGACGCCGCAUUGUACCCUGCAUACCACCAUCAAGCCCCCACGCUGAACCCAAAUGCAGCUGCGAACGACAUCUCCACGCUCUUCGACCACAAUCCCUUUCAAGACGCCGAAGAAAUAUACCAUCCCGCCGCGACCAGCACCGCAGAGGACUUGACCACGAAGCUCGACAUUCUCGUAGACAUGGAAGUCGCACCUCUCUUCUCCUACCUCUCGACUCUACCGAUAUUUCCCUCUCUAGCCAGCAUAACCUUGCCCCUCUACUUCAUUAGUCGAGAGUCCUUUUACCACCGCCGCAACAGCCGGCCUGGCUACACACUGCCACUGAAAGUGCGGUACUGGGUUCACGUUGCUUUCCACGCAUUCAAGCUCCUGCACGCCAACAAGAUUACGGAAGUCAGGAUUAAGUACAUGCCCUGGGAUAUCUGGGCAAGCAUGGAUAGCUGCGAUGAUCCGCACCGCAUGGUGGAGCAAGGCGUAUGGUUUAACGAUCCAGAUAUGGACGGGGAGGGAGGCGAGCGUGAGCACGAGGGUGAGGCGUUCCGAUGUGUCUGGACGAUGCUGGUGGAGAAAGGACUAUGUACCGGGACGGGAGGCACGCGAAUGGGCCUCUCUGCUCAGAUCAGGCUGGUCAAGUGGGAUGGUGAGAUGGAUAGCUACAGAGUUGGAGACGAGCUGGAAGUCGUGUUCACGAAGGCAACGCCUGAUGCGCCGACAGAUCUCACGAUCCCAGUAUAG